AUGGAUCCAUACGAAGUUGAGUUUAUUGGUGAGAACAGAAUUGUCAGCAUCAUACCUAACUUUACUUAUGACAAAAUCUAUUUAAUAUGCGGCGAGUUCGGGCCAUUUCGGGCCGGUUUACCUAUGAAUGUGCCUUUAUGGCUUGCUAUGAUGCUGAAACAGAAGCAAAAGUGCCGUAUAGUGCCACCGGAUUGGAUGGACCUGGAUGUUUUAGAAAAUAUCAAAGAAGAGGAAAAACGUUCUAGAUUUUUCACAAAAAUGCCAAAUGAGCAUUACAUGGUAGAAGCCAAACUCAUCUUAGGCGCUGCUUCAGAAGAUGUACCUAAUGCAGCAGAAAUCAAGACCAUUAUCAAGGAUAUCUGGGAUAUUCGGAUGUCAAAAUUGAGAACUUCUAUGGAUGCUCUCAUGAAAUCGGGAGGAGGAUAUGGUAGGCUUGAUCAUUUGACCAUGAUGGAGAUCAAUUCCGCUAAACCUUUGCUACCGUCUGCCAUGGAUUAUUUGUUACAGAUACAAAUGAAGGCUCAAAAGAAAGUAACGCAGCAAUCAUUACUGAACACUUCCACCUUCAGCCAGUCGGGCAGCUCACAAAACACAUAG